AUGACCACUCUAUCCACCGUCAGAGGCCGUGAGGCCCUUGCAGUCAGCACGGUCUUCACCAGUUUGGCUACUGUUCUGGUGUGCAUUCGUAUUUACACCCGAGCCUUUAUGGUCAAGCAGAUGGGAAAAGAUGAUUAUGCUAUUCUGGUUGCUUUGGCUUUCUCGUGGGGUUUUUAUGGAUUGUUCGUGGGUGAGGUUUACCACGGAAUGGGUGCCGACUACGAUAUCAUCCCCCACAAGACAUACGUCACUCAGAUGUUAUGCUUCUGGGCCUCCGUCCCAAUCUACCAGACCAGUCUGAUCUCGACCAAAAUGUCCAUUCUCCUGCAGUACCGACGAGUCUUUUCUACUACACCUCGUAUGCGCUUGGCCUGCAACCUACUCAUCGGCUUCCUGGUCAUCUACGGCACUUGGACGAUCAUCAGCGCCUGGGCAAACUGUAUCCCCAUCGCCAAGUUUUGGGACCCGACAGUCGCCGGCUUCUGUUUCGAUAAAGAGGCACUAUGGUUCUCCAAUUCGGCAAUUCACAUUUUGACCGACAUCUUAAUUCUCAUCUACCCCAUGCCCGUCAUUCGAUCCCUUCAAUUGCCAACCAGACAGAAGUAUGCUUUGAUGGCUGUCUUUGCCUUGGGAGGAUUUGUUGUCAUCACCAGUAUUCUCCGCUUGAAGAGUCUCCUCGUCAUCUCCCACUCCAGCGACCCAACCCACGACAACGUUGGCGCAGCCGAAUGGUCCGCAAUUGAAUGCAAUGUCGCAAUCAUCUGCGCGGCCCUCCCAAGCACACGAGCCUUCCUCUCCAAGUUGCUCCCCCACGUCUUCUCCACAGGAACCAAUGGUUACCGCAGCAAGACACGUCCCUCACGCACAGGCCGCAGCGUUCUCACCGGCACACACACCAAUAUCCAAGCAUCCGUCAUCGGAGGACGCGAACUCGAUGGAACUUAUGAUCUGGAGAACCUGUCCCCAACUGGCUCGUCCUUCAAGGAAUUCUCCAAGGAACAGGAGGCUAAAGCCCAGUUCUCCGGAAUCAAGGUUACGACUUUCGUUACGCAGGAGUCAACUUCCACUCCGGCUGGGAACGAUGAUACCGGGAGUACAAAGGAGUUGGUUCACACACAUCGAGAAAGUUUCUGA